AUGAAGCUCGCAGCGAAAGGAUACACUCUACGCCAGCGAGUGCGCCAGAAGCUGUGUCCAAAGAUUGUUGACGAUGACCGGGACACCUUUCUGCGUGGUAUUCGUCCAUUUGUCAUACUCGGACAGAUGUUUGGCAUAUUUCCCAUCUACGGUGUUACCCGAAAUGAUCCGGAGAGAUUUCGCCUGAAAUGGUUCUCGCUGCGCGUCAUUCUUAAUCUAACCGUUGUAGUGACGGCCCUACUGCAAGCGUACUAUGAGUAUGGGCGGUUAAAGGCGAUCGGCAUUAACGCGAAGAACGUGAGCAGUUUAAUCUUCUUCAUUGAUGCCUGUCUAAUCAACGUGCUCUUUCUCAACCUGGCCACCAAGUGGCGCUCGGUAGCGAUGAAAUGGGACGAAGUAGAUGACACGUUUAACAGACCUCCGUACCACAUGCAGGGCUGGAGUCUCCGGAAGCGUCUGGGUGUUGUUUCCUUUACGUUGGUAUUUCUAGCCGCUGUCGAACAUAUACUGUCGAUUGUAAGCAAUGUGCACAAUCAGAUGGUGGAAAUCAAGUACUGCAACUGGACGGAGCCCAACUACUUCCAGCAUUAUUCUCUACGUAGGUUUGCGAACAUUUAUCUAAACUUCCCCUACAAUAGCUUGAGUGCAGUAUUCUUUACGUACGUAUCUUCCGCACUGACCAUGUACUGGAACUAUCAAGACAUCUUCAUCAUCAUGAUCAGUAUCGGGUUGGCGACACGAUUUCAGCAGAUUAACAACUACCUGAAGAUACUGUCAGACGGAGUGCUCAUUCCUGGGGAGGACUUUUGGAUCCGUGUCCGUACCAACUACGUCGCGGUUUGCGAGCUGCUGGACGAUGUCGAUCGAGCAAUAUCGUGGACAAUGUUAAUCUCGUGCGCCACCAACCUGUACUACAUCUGUUUGCAGAUUCUGCAUGUCUCAAAGAAACUGGCCAACACGGUCGAGGACGCUUACUAUGGGUUUUCGCUGGGCUUCUUGAUCGUACGGACCGUCAUCGUGUUUCUGUCGGCAGCCCACAUACAUGACUGUGCGAAAAAACCAUUGGAUAUUAUUAUGAAAAUUCCCAACGUUGGCUGGUGUGUGGAGCUUGAACGAUUUUCUACGCAGCUGAAAAGCGAAAAGGUUGCCCUUUCCGGAAUGGGCUUUUUCAGUCUUACGCGGCAGCUGCUCUUUUCGAUGGCUGGAACAAUUGUAACAUAUGAAUUGGUUAUGCUGAAAUUCGACCAAGAAUCAGAGAGCAAGGGCAACAUACCGCUUUGCACCAAGUUUAGACGAUUCGAACACGUGUCUAGGUACUAUGCGACCGUGCUGCGCUGGGCUCGGCUUUUCGGAGUGUUUCCGCUGUCGAACAUUACGGCCACCGAUCCGGGCGCGUUUCGAUUUCACUAUUUUUCACCGUACAUCGUGCUGAGCGCGCUGAGCAUUGUGGGCGGUUUGUUUAUUAUGGCGGCGGCGCUGGUGCGGCUUAAUCGCGUCGGCAUCAACGCGAUGAACAUUGCCGAACCGAUCUUUUUCGGGAUGUGCACGCUGCUGCAGCUGCUGUUCGUUCGAUUGGCCCAGGCGUGGCGCGGCUUUAUGGUGUACUGGGCCGAACGGGAAGAGAUGUUCUUUGCCCGCCCGUACGGUGCCAUUAAUUUGCGGCGAAAGGUGAUCGGCUUAGCGGUUUGCAUCCUUACGUCUGCAUUGGUGGAACACGUGGUGUACGUGAUCAACCAGGCGUACAACGUGUAUCAGGAAAGCUUGACCUGCCAGUAUAAUGUAACGAAUCCGCUCAAGCUGUAUGGCACGCUGACAUUCGGUUCGGUUUACCAAUCCGUCCCGUACCAUCAUCUCUUGACCAUGUACCUACUGUACACGACAAUUUCGCUUACAUUCAUUUGGACCUUCACCGACCUGUUCAUCAUGCUGGUGGCCACCGGUAUAGCGUGCCGCUUCGGUCAGCUAAACAAACGCAUCGACAGUAACCUACAAAACGGUUCCGAAGCAUUCUGGGGCGAAAUGCGAACACACUUUGUCGGGCUGAUCGAGCUGGUCGAGCGGACGAAUCGAAUUGUCGGCCCACUGCUGAUCGCUUCCUGCGCAAACGAUAUGUACUUUCUGUGCCUGCAGACUCUCAAUGCGCUGGAAGAUAAACCGUACGACAUCAACGAUUGGUACUUUCGAUACUCGUUCACCUUUCUGAUAUUACGCACCUCCGUGAAGCUUUGGUUCGCAGCGGACGUGGACGAAAAUUCGGUACGAACGCACAAACUGGUGCAAAAGAUACGCAGUGAGCACUACAACGAUGAGCUGGAAAUAUUGCGCAUUUGCUCGAGCGGUGGUGUAUCCAUCUCCGGAAUGGGAUUUUUCACUAUUACUCGCAGGAUAUUUCUUACCCUAAAAGAAGUGAACCCACUCGCCGGUGAAACGCGCACCGAGGAAUUCAUGCGCAUGAACCCGGAGCACACGAUCCCAACGCUGGACGACAAUGGCUUCUACCUGGGCGAAUCACGUGCCAUUUUGUCGUACCUAAUCGAUGCCUACCGUCCCGGGCACACGCUCUACCCGAACAUUCCGAAGGAAAAGGCACUCAUUAAUCGGGUGCUGCAUCACGAUUUGGGCUCUUUCUAUCCCAAGUUCUUCGGCACCAUCGGUGCACUGUUUUCUGGUGCAGCGACGGAAAUUUCAGACGAAAUGAAAACCACCACCCAGAAGGCGCUCACCGACUUGGAGCACUAUCUGACACGGAACGAUUACUUUGCCGGGGAAAAUCUCACCAUUGCAGACCUUUCCCUGGUGCCGACGAUUGCUUCCGCCGUCCACUGCGGUUUGGAUUUGACCAACUAUCCACGACUAAACGCGUGGUAUGAGAGCUGCCGAGUGCUGAAAGGAUUCGAGGAUGAUCAGGAAGCUGCCCGCCAGGUUGUUCUGCUGCUCGGUCAGUGCAUCACGUUACUGCCGGUGGUGAACAUAUUCAGUGCAAAUUACCGCACGGCUCGCUUCAAGCUGCGAAGCUUCCGCUGCAUCUACUCGCUGGUGUAUCUAGCACUGACCGGCAUUUACUGCACCUUCUUCAUCCGGUGGUACAUUAGGAAGGGACUGAACCUUGCCUACUUCGCUAACUGCAUCUAUAUGGUGGUGGUGUACCUGUCGGCCUGGCUGUUCUUCUUCAUUGCCCUCCGCUGGCAGUCGAUACUGGGUGCGUUCAGUCGCUGUGAGCGUUCGUUUUUGAGCGACCACUAUCGCCGCCAAUCGAAGGGCCGCUUUGCGCUCGGCUGGAAGAUACGGUUCACCGGCUUUGCCAUCUUUGCUCUGGCGCUAGUCGAGGACUGGCUGAAUUACUACUCCGCGUACCAGAGCAACAUCGUACAGAUAGCUACGUGCAAUCGGACCAACGUGACGGUAUGGCAGAACUUUUACCUACGCGAGCACCCGCACGUUUUCCAUUGGCUACCGUUCAAUGGGUUUACGAUUGCAAUAACGGAGUGGAUCAACCGUUGCAUGCGCUACACUUGGACGUACCUGGACAUCUUCAUCAUCUCGUUCUGCUACGGUGCCCAGUUCCGGUACGAGCAGAUCUUUCGACGCUUGGUCGCCGUGCAGGGUAUCGCUUGUCCGACCAACUUUUGGCACGAUGUGCGCAUGGACUACGUGGCCGUGUCGGAGCUGGUGCAAGUUUUGGACGCCCAGUUCGGACACCUGAUCCUGCUCGCCUGUGCGAACGAUAUGUACUUCAUCGCGACGCAGCUCUUCAAUGGGUUUCAACGCCGUAGAGUCAUUGCAAACUACGUGUACUUCUGGUACUCGCUAUUGCUCCUCAUGUUCCGAACGAUCGUGAUGCUUUAUGUUGGAUCGGGAGUGUACGCCGCCUCUACCAGCCCUCUUCAGCUGCUGCGAAACGUACCUUCCCAGCAUUGGGGCAUUGAUUUAACGCGCCGAUCCCGAUCAACCAUGGAAUCGCCGGCAAUUGAUGACUUCCACCGGGCGGUGAGGCCGUUUCUGCUGAUUUCGCAAUUGUUUUCGCUCUUUCCGCUUGGCGGCUUGUACGGUCGAACGCUGCAGGAUAUUCGGUUUCGGUGGUUUGGGCCGGGUACCGUCUACAGUUUUUACUUCUUCCUGUCCGGGCUGCUCACGCUGGUGGCGCACAUUUAUUACAGCCUGACCGUGGAAACGCUGGGCACCUCGGAAAUCAGUAACAUAAUCUACUACGUGCUGAAUCUGUCCGGAGCAAUCGUACUGCUGGCCAUAGCGGCACGCUGGCGAACGAUCAUGGAGAAGUGGCGCAGCUUGGAGGAAAACUUUCUGCAUCCUCCGUACGCCGAGAGACGGUUUUGGAGCUUGAAGCGUGUCGUCGCGGCGAUUGGCAGUACGAUGGUUGUGCUCGCUUUUGUGGAGGACACAUUGCACGUCGCCUCGGUGUACUACACCAACCUGCAGUACUUUAAGCGCUGCGAAAACAGUACACCCUUCUGGACGCUGUUCUACCAACGCGAGCAUCCCAAGUUCUUCCACUAUUUGCCGUACAGCUUGCCCGCUGUGCUGCUGCUCGAGCUGACGCACAAGAUAUUCCUGUACGUGUGGACGUUUAUGGAUCUGUUCAUUAUUUUUGUGGCACUCGGGCUUGCCCGGCGGUACGAGCAGUUCUAUCGUCAUGCGGCCCAGUACAAGGGACGGCAUGUGAUGGGCCCGGUUUGGCAGCGGUUGCGGCUGGACUAUGGCCGGAUCUCGAGCUUGGUCGCGUACAUGGAGGGCAUCAUGGCACCGAUCAUCGUUUGCACCACCGCGUCCGAUCUUUACUUUAUCUUUUACCAGAUGUAUAACGCUUUCCAGUUCUCUGCCUCACUCAUCUCGGAGUUGUACUUUAAAUUUUCACUCGCAUUUCUAAUUUUUCGAACGCUCGUUAUGCUGCUGAUCGCUUCCAACAUACAUGUGGCAUCGUUGCGACCGCUCGACAUCUUACGCUCCGUGCCGAUGAGCUGCUGGACUAUCGAUGUACAACGAUUUACGCAAGAGCUCCUGUCUGGUCAGAACUGUCUCUCGGGACAUGGAUUUUUCUUUCUCAAUCGAAGCGUCAUACUUGCGAUGGCAGGCACGCUUAUCACGUACGAGCUUGUGAUGUUGAAGGAGGUUAACCCAUCUUCGGAAAAGAGCGAUUUUUGUGAUGGUGUAAAAAGGCUUUACUAAACAUGUGCUUUGCACCUUCCAACAUGUGUGCAUAUGUAUUUGCGUGUGACUGAGUGAGACUUUCAUGCAGCACUAAAGCUCCGCCAUUGCGUAUGAUAAUAAAUUAAUAUAUUUAAAUGAGCUUCUUCAA